GCCAUUUCCGCACCGGACUGGGAAUCCGAAAAACCCUAGCUCUCCCUCCCUUGGCAACGAGCCAAAUUCGCUAUAAAUUCCCUCUUAAACCCUCAUUCCCCCCUUCCUCGCUGAAUCCUCGGUCUCUCUUUCUUUCGGAUCCCAGAAGAGCAGAGCCUCCUUGCUCGCAGUCUCUCUUCGAACUAGAACCCCUUCGAUGGCCCUUCCGAUGGAGUUUUGGGGAGUUGAAGUGAAGGCUGGGCAGCCCCUUAAGGUCAACCCUGGCAACGCCAAAAUUUUGCACCUUUCUCAGGCAUCACUCGGUGAAUCCAAGAAUAGUAAAGGAAAUGAAUGGGUGCCUCUCCAUGUGAAGUUUGGUGAUCAGAAGCUUGUUUUGGGAACUCUCUCUACGGAGAACUUCCCUCAAUUAUCAUUCGACUUGGUAUUUGAGAAAGAGUUUGAACUAUCCCACAACUGGAAAAGUGGAAGUAUCUACUUUUGUGGAUACAAAUCUGUUGUGCAGGAUGAAGAUGAUUUUUCUGAUUUGGAGAGUGAUUCAGAAGAGGAAGAUCGUCCAAUGAGUGCUGUGGGAAAUGGAAUGGCUGCGGCACAAGCAUCAGCUAAGACUGCCACUGCCAGUGCUAAUGCUGCUAAGGCUGAAUCAUCGGGAAAGCAAAAGGUCAGCAUUCCACAACCAAUGAAAGUUGAUGAGGAUGACAGUGAUGAUGAGGACGACGACGACGACGAAGACGAAUCUGAUGAGGAGGGAGAUGGUAUUGAGGCUGAUUCAGAUGAGGAGGAAGAUGAUAGUGAGGAAGAAGAGACUCCAAAGAAGGCUGAAAUAGGCAAGAAGAGAGCUGCGGAUUCUGCAACUAAAACACCUGUUCCUGCCAAGAAGUCAAAGUUACCUACUCCACAGAAGACAGAUGGUAAGAAAGGUGGCCAUACAGCAACUCCUCACCCUGCAAAACAGGCUGGAAAGAAUCCUGCCAACAGUGCCAACAAGUCGCAAAGCCCCAAAUCAGCCGGCCAAGUUUCUUGCAAAUCAUGUAGCAAAACGUUUAAUUCAGAAGUUGCUCUUCAGUCUCAUUCAAAGGCUAAGCAUGGUGGCAAGUAGAUUAAAGAACCAAGAUAACCAUCCGGAAAUAGUCGGAUGUUUUUUGUUCGUCUUCUUUGGUCCCCCUAAAAAGGUGUUGUUUGAGGCGAAUCUUGGAGGAGGUUUUGUUGCGAGGGCUUGGUAGAGUUUCAUUAUAUUGUAAUGCCUGCGAAGGUUUUGAACUGGGAUUCUUUAUUCUAAUCAGUAGUCUUAUUAAUUAUCGGGUUGUCACCUUACAUUUUGCUUAUAUCGUGAUGGAUUUGUGGCUCGUCUAGUUAUUACUUAUCUUCGGCUCUAUUGACCGC